UACCCAAACAAGGAUUAGCCAGGACGUCUUCCUCGGUAACAAUAGAUUUACAAAGUUUAUCAGAUGACAGAUCCAGGAGUCCAUCUGUAGACCCAAUGGACGUGGAAUCUAUAGUACGAGAAAGAUCCAACCAAUCAUCAUUAGUCUCCAGUCGUGCUCCAACUCUGCAAGAGGAAAUGUCUAAAACUCUGUCAUCGUCAUCUUUUGUGGGUUUCCAAACAUCAGACAUAGGUACCAGUGUUCCUCAGUGUCGAGCCUUUGCGAACGACCAACGUUUAACAGAGGUAGACGAGAGGAAUCAGUCUCCAGUGACUGUGAAUGAUCAAACCUUUUUAGAGAAUAGAUCUAGCAGCGCCUAUCUUGUGACUAGGUCAUCUCAAACGCGGGUUUAUGGAUUGUCUAGGAGUUCCACGCAGAUAUAUCUAACGAAACUCCGUCAGAUGAGAGUUCCAGGGGUUCCACACCAGUCUUUGUUGAAGCUUACGACCCCUCCCCAAUGUGCGUCUCCACGCAAACAUCUGUGAAUAAGUCGGUGUACGGACGAGUGUGUGCGUCUACACAAACAUGGAGUCAUGGACGGUCUAACAUGCUAUCAAAGCAGGUGCCACCUACAGAACCAGAAGAAACUAAUGAUGAUCUUCCAGUCAUUUCUUCUUCGAAGACACAUGGAGAAGCAAAAUCCCGAGGCCUUCAAUUAGAUUGCACAUCAAGGGUGAAGACGCAACAGAAAUCCGUUUUUGGUAUUAAAAGGAACGUGAGAAAGAACACUCUUCAGGCCGCAUCUUCAGCACCUGUAUCCGUCAAAAAACGAAGAAUUAACACCUCACGGAUAACAUCAAAACGAGCUGUCAAAAAACGCAAGCCCAAAAGAUUAACAUCUCCAGCAACAAAAUUAACAAUAAAACUCCGAGUGAGGAAGUAUCCACAGCACACGCCAGCUCCUGGAGGUCCCCAGGCACAACACGCAAGACGAUCUAAGAGGCUUCCUACAAUCAAUAAUCCCGUAAAAUCAAAAACGAUAACAAAAUCCAGAAACGUACACACGAAGUCUCCCUCUAGUGGUAAUACCUCUACUGACGAGGCACCUGAAGGUGCCUCCAGAACUCUGAAGAUUGAUGACACUACACCGUCAAUGUCUUCAGCUUCCCAGCCAUCACGAACAGAAAGAUUUGGAACUUCAUCUCAGGUUAUACCCGGAGAUGAGGAAACAGAGGACAGAACAGUGAAAGGGAAAUUGGAAGGUGAAUCUUGCCUAACGAACACAGUCUACACUGUACCUCACAACACAAAAGCCAAGGCUCCGCAGCGACUGGUUCCGACAGCUCAUGAAAACACUCCAAAGAGAAAACAGACUGCUGAAGCCACAGCAGCGAGAAAGAAGCAUCGUGAAGAUGAAAGUAAUACUGUGUGCUCCCGCAACACAGGCAAGAAACAUCACCGGCCAGACAACCACACAGUAAACAAUUCAUACAACACGGUACGAUGUUCGUAUCUCUUAACGGAGGUGUUUGAAGCAGUUGAAAAUGGAGACUUAGAACGCCUUCAAGAGGUCAUUCAACUCACAGGACCAACAGCUAGAGACCAGCAGACUGGGUGCACCCUGCUGCAUGCAGCAGCAGACAGCAACCAGCCAGAGGUGUUAAGCUUCCUGCUGAAGCUUAUCAGUCCCAAUAUUGUCAACAAGGAAGGUCAGACUCCAGCUCACCUGGCUGCCCUCAAGGGUCACACUCAAGUGCUGAAGAUAUUGCUGGCUGACGAGGACUUCAACCUUAACAAACGUGAUAACCACAACAGAACCUUCAAGGACCUGCUAUCAGCACCACUGUUCCUAGCAGUGUUGAGUGGCAGUGUGAGUCACAUAGAGAACCUACUCCAGCUAGGAGCUGAUCCUGACCAUCAUUCUGGAGAGCUUGUUAGAGGAGCUCUAUCCAGGGAGCUCUGUGUCACUACUCCCAGACACCUGGCCAGAACACUCGACCGGGAGUACAUGCUUCGCUGGUUCCACACUGAUGCAACGAGAGGGAGAGAUAAGAAGAACGAGGCUGAGGAGUCUGCAACUUGCAUCAACAAUCUGGCAGCAACAUUCCGUGUAAGUACUCUCUCCACUCUUAAUUUCACUGAUAUUGCAAGAGUAAUUCUGUUGACAAUUGCAUAUAAACAAUAACUGGUAAAACAAACACAAUACCGUAGAACACCAUCGUGAUCCUUCAG